AUGUCUGUGUAUAUAAAGUUACUUCAUCUAGUGUGGAUCGGUGCAAACGACCGUGAAGAGGAAAACGUCUUUGUAUGGGACCAUGACAACAGCAGGGUCAGUGAAAACAUCCAGCUGGCAGGCUCCAUUGCAGAUGUUGACUGCGUUCAAGUUUCUACUACAGGCGCUUUGAUAGCACAGCCCUGCUUGGCUCUCGCUCAACCUAUCUGUAUGCCUAACAACAGCUACCAAAAAAUUGACAUGGAGACCUACAUAAAUGACCCAGACCCCCAAUGGUUUGGUGAGAAAGACAUGCUUGUCUGCCACUGUCGAGAUUGUCCUUCCUGUAGAGAUGGCCUCUGUCGACCCGGCUGGUUUGGCAUGAAUUGUCUAUACAGGGAUUUAGCGCUAAGGUCUAACGUUUUACGUUCAACGGUGCCAGAGCUGACAGAUGGAAACGAUCAAAGCUGUUACCACGGCGGUUUGCGAUCUCUGGAACUUGAUUUUAAAGACAAACAAACAUUCACAUGGCUUCGCAUUGUAGUUGGAGGUGAGUGGUGGAAUUAUUCUUUGCAAUUUGAGGUCAACAGAACACGUGAGCAAUGUCAAGGUCAGACUUAUAUUGUUGUGGACGGGAAGACGCGAGACUUCUUUUGCCGUCACGUGAUCCAUUUCGUUGCAAAAGUUUUUCUCUUUUGGGAGACAAAUCAUCCCAUCUGUUCAGUGUACGUCAGUGGUGGAAGAAACACAGCUUUGAAGCGAUCCCUCACCCAAGGACCAGCAAUGUUUGCUGUGGACGGGAAAAAAACACAACCCUGUUUCAACUCCGCUGCACAGAAAAAAUCUAUCUCUCUCAGAUUUGAGAGACCGCAGCUCAUACAUGAAAUUAUUCUCGAUAUAAGACCUAGAUAUUUGUUGUAUGAAAAUAGAGAAACGGUUGCUGUCGACUGUUGGGGUGAAGCAAACACAAGUCUAGUCAGGUACACGAACAUUAACUUAGACAACAGCGGCCGUCUAAGGUUGAUGGAAGUACUGAGAAAAGCCUUGAUGAGAAUAGACGUGAUCAUCACGUCAAAUAUGGGCUUACAAAUGUGUGAGAUAGAGGUGUAUGGCGAUUGUAGCAUGCCUGUAUACGGGCUUUAUUGUAGUGAUAUAUGUAGUAUGGGGUGCUUCAACCAACAUUGCCAUUACAAUGGACUGUGUUACUACUGUGAGGAUGGUAGGAAAGGAAACUAUUGUAUUGAAGGUGAUACCAGCAACUUCAAAUGGUACAACGAAGGAAAAAAUUCCACAGAUGUUCCAGCAAUGAGAAGGUCGAUGACUUGGUUCCUCGGCUCAGACCUCGUCCUCUUCAUCUUUUACAUCGCCCUCCUCGUGCAUCUGGCGGCCAUCUUUCUUAUCUUUUUAUGUUGUCGCUGUUUCAAUAGUCCACACACAGUCGACCAAUCAGGUUCCCAUCACCGAAGACUAGACAAACAGAGAUCUAAGAGACACGUCGGGCAGUAUUCUAGUGCUAGAGUACAAUAUCAUUCGUUCGAUUCCACGGAUGAACUAUCCUUUCCUCGGAAUACAAAGAGACAAGUUACAUUGAAUGCAUACACAAAGAGACAAGUUACAUUGAAUGCAUACACAAAGAAACAAGCUAGAAUCAGCAACAGUAAGGAUCGUCUAACUCUUAAUCCCAACCCUAAGGAUCAAA